AUGCCCGGCUCGAAACACCUUCGACAUCUCCGCCCCUACUACCGACCAGCAAGUUGCGACGCCAGAGAAGCCAGCGCCAUCUUCACCGGCAUUGACACUCGAUAUCUCCCCCAGCACGAAGCUGAAGCUCCCAUCAUGGCACCUCGGCGUCGCUCCCUCCCGCCCCAGGCUGCAACCUCAUCCACCGCACCUCGCGGUUCCGCCACGUCAGCAGCAGCAGGAGCCACAGUCCUCGCGACCCCGUCGUCAUCGUACGCGGCAUCAGCCUCUCCCGCCGCACAUGCCACCGGCGGCUCCAAGAAGUUCUACGCCGACGCCGCCGACGCCCUCGCCAAGAUGACGGUCGAGCUGGGGCUGCGCGCCGUCGCCAGCCAGGCGGAGCGGCUCGAGCGCGAGCUCAAGGACGUGGUGGCGGCGACGGCUCAGGACGCGGCGUUUCGGCGCGAGCACGAGCGUCGCCUCGCCGACAUGACGCGCGAGGUGCUCGCCGUGAGGGCCCGCUUCGAUGAGGUGCCCAAGAGCAGCAGCAGCGCCGACGUCGAGGUCCUGCUGGAGCGUGGCCGCCGCGAGGCCGCCGAGUUUCGAGAGCAGCUCCGCAGGGAGAUGGGCGACCUUAGGGCUCAAAUUAACGCUGUUGCCUUUCAACUGAAUACGUUCCCGUCGCCGGCGGAGGCGGAGGCGAUGUUCGCGAGUGGUGCUGCGGGUGACUAUCUCGUGAGAUCGCGGGCCUCAACUGGUGCAAAUGGCCUUGCCUCUACGUGCCGUACAGAGUGCUCUGUCCAGCCGCCCAAGCGCCGCAUCCAGGAGGCCAUCAACUCGACCCGGCGAUGGCACAGCGACCGCAAGACGUCGCGUCUCCCGGACGCAGAGUUUGUCGCCAACUAUCUCAAGCAGCAGUCCAAGCGCGACCCGGCCAUGGCCGUCUUCAUCCAGCGCGCCAUCCAGCGCCGCCUGCAGGCGACGAGGCGCCGGCGCCUGAGCUCCCGCCCCCGCUCGCUCGAGGACUUUUGCCGCGACGUGACCUGGCGGGACGUGGAGGAGGCGGUCGUGGACGCGCUGGUUAACCACGAGAAGACCGCGAUCAAGGCGCUGCGCUGA